AGGUCUGCCAAAUCUUCCCCUCUUAUCUUUUUUGAGUAAUAUCACGUUAGGCCCUGUCUCCUACUGCUUCACACUACAGUCUCCUCUGGCAUUCUCUUGUAGUCAAAACUGGCGGAGCCCACUAUGACUGAUCCCGGGCCUAGUCGUAAUAGGCAGUCGAGGGGAUGCAGUCAAAGUAUUUCUCGUUCUCAACGCCUAGUCGUCUCGGCCGGAUCACAUCAUGGCGAUCUAUCAACGAGAGAGACGAGAAUGCACAACAGUGCCAUUGACGAGCCCUACAUAAGGAUUGAUUAUGGGCCUGGCUCCACCGGCUCGGCUAUUGCUGUCGACAAAGAGAUUCAGAAGAAGCUGGCGGAUGCUUGCGUCCGAGGAGACAUUGAAGUUAUAGACAAACUUAUAAGACUUGGAGCUAAUCCCAACUACAGUAACCCCGAGGGGACUUUAAAGCCUUCUUUAUACUACGCCAGUCGCUACGGCCAUUAUCAUUUGCUGGUAAGACUCAUAGAGAGACACAAUUGUAAUGCUCACUACAAGACACCACGGGGUACCACUCUCCUUCAUCUUGCCUGUCUACAUGGCCAUGAUGACAUUGUCAAGUAUCUUACGGCAUCACCCGUCCAUCUAAAUCCCUCAGCAAAAAACCGAUUAGGUAGCACCCCACUCCAUCUCGCCUGCGUAGGAGGACACCCCCAUAUCGUCCAGUACCUUAUCGAGAACCUUCAUUGUGAUCCGAAAUGUGUCGGAGAGCCUGAUGAUGAGACCCCACUUCACACGGCGUGCACUAAAGGCCACUUGGGUAUCAUGAAAUACCUCAUUGAAGUUCAAAAAUGCGACCCUUUCCAUCCCACACGAGUGGGAGAGACUCCCCUUCAUCUUGCCUCUCAACAUGGCAGAAAAGAGAUAGUGGAGUAUCUUAUCACUGAGCAGCAUUGUGAUCCUAUGGUUAUUGACAUGAGAAUGAACACUCCACUUCACUCAGCCGCUCAACAGAAUCACGCCGGGAUCGUGCGGUACCUGGUCAUGGAGCAAGGCUGUAACCCUCACGCUAGAAAUCAAGAGAAUUGCACUCCGCUUCAUCUUGCUUGUAGAUAUAGUAGGAUUGAUGUUGUCAAGGUCCUACUAGAAGAAGCCAAGAUCUCCCCUUCUAUUUCUGGGCCCGAUGGAAGAACACCAAUACAAAUGGCUUACGACCACGAGGUUGUGAAGCACCUCAUUCGUCACGGAGCUAACCCGAAAGAUGCACAGGUCUCUAUAUUUGACGGGAUGGGGAUACCACCCCAGCAGCUGGAGGACACCAUAGUGCGAAUACUGGUUGUCGGAGACCCUAACAGUGGGAAGAGUACUCUGGUUGAAGCUCUCAAGACCCCACCGACCAGAAACUUUAUAUUCAGGACACAAAAGAGCAGGAUUACCGACGUAGAACCAUACACUGCUGGGAUCAUACCACACGAGAUUAAGAACAGCCCGGACUUUGGUCACAUUCUGUUAUUCGAUUUCGCCGGUCACAGCGAGUAUUACAGCAGCCACUCUGUCGUCAUUGACAGCGUCUGUGUCUCCCCUCCAGUUUUUGUCGUCGUCGUCGAUCUCUCAAAAGACGAAGAGCACAUUAAGCUCAGGCUCCACUUCUGGAUACAGUUCAUCGAGAAUAACAGACCGACUUUCGUAUCGAAGCCACACAUUGUCGUUGUUGGGAGUCACGACGACAUCCUUCAAUCUCAGAGUGACUCGUCAUACAAGCAUCGCCUUAUCAACAGCAUCGAGAAGUUUUCAAGGGAAAUCAUCGGAGCGACGACACUUCAGUUCAGCGGGUUCUACCAUGUCAACUGCCAGAAGAUGUCCACACAGACUGAGCUAAGGAAAGUCCUCGUUAAAAGCUGCCAGUCGCUGAGGACGCACAUACAAGACGACUCGCUCUGCCACGCUUUCAGCGUCUAUUUAUUCGCCAUGUUUAGUGGGAGGGUGAUGGUGACACUGAGAGAGAUUGCUAACGUUGUCCGUCAGUCCGACUCUCCCUUUCCGAUAGAGUAUGAGAAACUGAGCAAACUCUGCGAGUCCCUCGGCUCGAAAGUAAACGUCAUGUUUAUACGAAACUCGGUCAACCUCCAGGAGAGUACCGUCAUACUAGAAGUCAACAUUCUCCUCUCAAAGAUUCACGGGGUCAUGUUUGCUCCUCAGGGCUUCAAAGAACACCGUCUUAAGUCGAGGAACGGGAUCGUCACUUUCUCUCGUCUGAGGAAAGUUUUCGACGAUUUAGACCCGAGAGUGAUUGCCCAAUGCAUGCAGAGGCUUGAGUUUUGUCAGGAAGUGCAGGACCAGUCGGUACUUGAUCUGAUAAGAGGACAACACGUUCAGCAGCAACUUGAGUCGCCUGAUGAUGAGGUGGAACAUGACGGAUUCGAUGAGUAUUAUUUCUUCCCUUGUCUUAUUGACAGUGAGCACCCACACAAGAUUUGGUCUCAUGACUCCAUCAGAGGCUCAGAAUUUUCCUACUAUACAGGCUGGUGCUUGCAAGUGAAAGAAAACAUGCAGCUAUUCCCUGCCAGAUUCCUACAUUCCCUCCUAUUAAGACUUGCUUUUAAUUUUGCUGCUGCUAGUAAUGAUGCUCCGAAUCAAGGCCAGAUACUGAACAGGGCCUGCAACCUCUGGAAGAAUGGGAUCCAUUGGUUCAGCUACUGUGGGACUGAGAGCUAUGUUGAGCUAAGAGAGGAUUCACAGGUUCUAGUCCUUGUAAUGAGGUGCCUUAGGGGAGCCGAGAUUGACUGCAUUAAACUAAGAGCCGCCGUCAUUCGUAACAUCCUCGAAACCAAAUCAGUCUUCAUUCCAAACAUACCGGUCAACGAAGGCCUCCUUGAUCCAACUCAACUCUACGAGUACCCCAUCGCCAGUAUCAGACACGGCGUGGUACCUCUUUACGACAUGUCCAUGGUCCUUCAUCCUUUACUCGAUGUCAACUCGUCCACUUUCGACCGAAGCCACCGACACUGCAUUACCCUAGACCGCCUCUUGUACUGGGAUCCAUACAUGAACCUUGGCAGGGACAUACUCAAAGAACUCUUCAACCCGGCUCAAGAGAACGUUGAGCUCUCUGAUGAUUUCAUACUUGCGUAUUCGAACAAGGUGCUAGACUGGGAGACUCUUGCAUACAAGGUUUUUAAAUUAGAGAAGGGGAUGGUUGAAGAUAUCAAGCAUAGGGCAAACUCAAGGUCGACUCUUCUUUGUCAAAGACUCCUCAACUCCAUGAUGGCAUUCGAAUUGAUCACUUUUGGAAAACUGAGACAGAUGUUGGACGGUUUCAGCGUCUUUGGAGGCAGAGACAUUAUUGAAUUAUCAAGGAGAAAAUGGUGAACCGAAAUCACAAAAAAGAUUUAUAGUUUUUAGAAGCGACUUUUAUUGACUUUUUAACUGCAUUAUAUUGAAUUGUGUGUCUUUCAAAAUAUAUAUUUUGUGUCUUUAUGUAUCAUUUUGUGUUCUCCUUUUUUUACUUUCUUUCAAUUGUUUUCUUUCUUUCUCUUUCUCUCUCUCUCUCCAUUUUCUUUCUCUUAAUAUCCCUCUAUUACUUCCACAUUGUACAUUUGCAUGGUUAUUAUCAUUUCAAUAAAAAUAUGUAUAUUAAUAUUAUAUUAUAUAUACAGUUAACCAAA